UCAAAUAAUCGACUAAUCGUUUCAACUUUGCACUGAGCUCAUGUGAGGUGUUUUUUCUUAUUUUAUUUUAUUUGACUGUUACAACACAAGCAAUAUUUAAAUCAUCACUUGUUGCUUUUUGUAGCCUCUCGCUUUCUGCUGUCUAAACGUGAAAGAAAACGUUCCGAGGUGCCCUGAAGGCACCGCAGAGGAUGCACGUCAACGCGACAAUUGGCUCAUUUGUGUCCUCCACAACAAAGUCUCCGCCUCCAGCAUAUUGAGAGGAAACUCUCGCAGGAGAGGCUGUAUUUGGUUCCACGCUGAAGCCCUGAACUCGGUCAGCAUCUCGCCGUGCUGGAGGACAGCAAGGCUCUUUGUGUUUUUAUUCAACUUUGAGCAACGAUGACGUUCAGGAGGCUGAAGAAGGUGAACUCCAGCGGGCCGGACAGUGGACCCGCAUCCCAGGACAACGACAUUUAUUUCCCCUCGUCCAAGUCGGACAGCUGCAGGACUGUGGACUUACCAACCAACUCCUCGGAGGUUUACAACUACAAGACUCUGGCUUACUCUGGAGGGACGCUGCCCAGGAACUUUAAAAAGGGCGCCGGGCUGCAGAAGUGGAAACCCCUAACGCAGACGCCAGAACCACAAAGGAAGGUGGUGGUCCUGGAGAAAAAAGAGGAGGAGACCUUCGGUUUUGAGAUUCAGACUUACGGCCUCCAUCAUCAGGACCAGAACUCAGUGGAGAUGUGCACGUUUGUGUGUAAGGUGCACAACGACAGCCCGGCCCAGCAGGCAGGACUUAAAGUUGGGGACACCAUCGCAAGUGUGAACGAGGCCACCGUGGAGGGAUUUCGACACAAGGAGAUCGUUCAGCUCAUCAGGGCCUGCGGAAACUCAAUCAGGCUGGAGACGGUUUACAGUGACUCAAUCCGAAAGGCCGAGCUGGAAGCCCGACUGCAGUAUCUGAAGCAAACUCUUCAUGAGAAGUGGGAUGAAUAUCGAUCUCUGAUGGUGCAGGAGCAGAGGCUCGUUCACGGUAUAGUGAUGAGUGAUGCUGCCGUGUACGAGUCCCUGGAGUCAGCAGGUAUAUACGGCAGCCUCGGUGCUCCCAGUCCUGCCGCUGAGAGAGCUCUCCGAUGCACCGGCAGCACCAGCAGCAGCGCCAGCUUCCUCAGCACGGCCACCGAGGACGACCCUCUCUACCAGACCUGCAUUUACCAGGCAGACGGCAACAUGGACUCAGAAAACGCAGACAAAAACAAAGACCAGCAGCCGCCACAGAGGCUGCAGCGCCUUCGACCGGCCAGCGAGCUCUUCGUGACGGCCAAGACGCAGCUGACGCGCAGCGCCAGCACCCGCAGCUACAUGAGGGGAUCUUCGUCGUCGUCGAAUUCGGGGGAGAAGCAGGGAGGAUUCAACUCGCUGCAGAGGAAACCCAAACAGAAGAGCUUCCGCAGGCGCCUCCUCAAAUUCAUCCCAGGUUUGAAUCGACCGCUGGAGGAGGAGGAGAGCAAACUGUGAGCAGCAAACGGAUCUGUUCACCCAACAGACUUAAAGCACCAGUGACUGUCAAACUAAACUCCCAAAGAAAACAGCAAACAGACCCAAAGAAUGGCGAGUUUGAGACCAAAGUGUGCUGGCUCUGUAGCUGCACCUCUCCCAGACCAAUGAACAUUUAGCUGCAUUCAGUAGCUCUCAGUGUUUCUCAGCUGUACAUAAGUUUUGUUUUAGUUCUGAUCUUUAAAUUAUUUAUUUAUUUUUAACAUGUUUGGAUUAUGUACAGAAUGAAGGACUUUUUUUGUUUUGUUUUUACUGCAUGCUUGACCUUUAUUUCGACAGCUGAAUAAAUCGCCCACGGUAACUGUAAUUGUGCAACACAACGUUUUAUAAGAGUUUGAUAUCGACCCUAGUUGAUUUAUUGAUCCCAUUUCAUUUUUCUGCCCAAGUUCGUGGUUCCUAAAAAUAAAAUAUGUGGCAUUUA